AUGUCUGCCGACUACGCCCUGUCUGCGUCUCACAAGGAGAUGCUGGAGAAGUCUCUCCUGGAGUCCGACCCCGAGGUCGCCUCCAUCAUGAAGGAUGAGGUCCAGCGCCAGCGCGAGUCCAUCGUGCUCAUCGCCUCCGAGAACAUCACCUCGCGGGCCGUCUUCGACGCCCUCGGCUCCCCCAUGUCCAACAAGUACUCCGAGGGCUACCCCGGCGCCCGCUACUACGGCGGCAACCAGCACAUUGACCAGAUCGAGCUGCUGUGCCAGAAGCGUGCCCUCGAGGCCUUCCACCUCGACUCCGACAAGUGGGGUGUCAACGUCCAGUGCCUGUCCGGCAGCCCUGCCAACCUCCAGGUCUAUCAGGCCAUCAUGCCCCCUCACGGCCGCCUCAUGGGCCUUGACCUCCCCCACGGUGGCCACUUGAGCCACGGCUACCAGACCCCCCAGCGCAAGAUCUCCGCCGUCUCCACAUACUUUGAGACCUUCCCCUACCGUGUCAACCUCGAGACUGGCAUCAUCGACUACGACCAGCUCGAGAAGAACGCCAUCCUGUACCGCCCCAAGAUCCUCGUCGCCGGUACCUCGGCCUACUGCCGCCUCAUCGACUACGAGCGCAUGCGCAAGAUUGCCGACCUCGUCGGCGCCUACCUCGUCGUCGACAUGGCCCACAUCUCCGGCCUCAUCGCCGCCGAGGUCAUCCCCACCCCCUUCAAGUACGCCGACGUCGUCACCACCACGACCCACAAGUCGCUCCGUGGCCCCCGUGGUGCCAUGAUCUUCUUCCGCAAGGGCGUCCGCUCCGUCGACGCCAAGACGGGCAAGGAGACCCUCUACGACCUCGAGAACCCCAUCAACUUCUCCGUCUUCCCCGGCCAUCAGGGCGGCCCCCACAACCACACCAUCACCGCCCUGGCCGUUGCCCUGAAGCAGGCCCAGACCGCCGACUUCAAGGCCUACCAGGAGCAGGUCGUCGCCAACGCCAAGGCCCUCGAGAAUACCUUCAAGACCCUUGGCCACAAGCUCGUCGCCGACGGCACCGACAGCCACAUGGUCCUCCUCGACCUCCGCCAGCACAGCCUGGACGGCGCCCGCGUCGAGGCCGUCCUCGAGCAGAUCAACAUUGCCUGCAACAAGAACUCCAUCCCCGGCGAUAAGAGCGCCCUGACCCCCUGCGGCAUCCGCAUCGGCACCCCCGCCAUGACCAGCCGUGGCUUCGGUGAGAAGGACUUCGAGCGCGUGGCCAAGUACAUCGAUGAGAGCAUCAAGAUCUGCAAGGACGUCCAGGGCGCCCUGCCCAAGGAGGCCAACAAGCUCAAGGACUUCAAGGCCAAGGUCGCCAGCGGCGAGGUUCCCCGCAUCAACGAGCUCCGCAAGGAGAUCUCGGCCUGGACCAGCGCCUUCCCCCUCCCCGUUGAGGGCUGGCGCCUCGACGCCGGCAUCUGA